AUGUGCUCUCAUCUUGGGGCGCAAGCAACAUUCCCCUGCACGGCCCGGCAGAACCUCGGUCCCCGCCUUGCGAUUCCUGAGACCCAGGUGAAUUUCCACUUCGGACUGAGCAGUAGUACCCCAGGAAGACCAGGCCCCUCGGGCUCCGCCCCUGCCCGCCAGGCCCCUCGAGCUCCACCCCCUUCCCGCCAGGCCCCUCGGGCUCCGCCCACUGUCUCCCAGGCCCCUCAGGCUCCGCCCCGUGUCCGCAAGGCUCCUCGGGCUCCGCCCCCUGUCCGCCAGGCCCCUCGGGCUCCGCCCCUGCCCGCCCCUCGAGCUCCACCCCCUUCCCGCCAGGCCCCUCGGGCUCCGCCCACUGUCUCCCAGGCCCCUCAGGCUCCGCCCCGUGUCCGCAAGGCUCCUCGGGCUCCGCCCCCCUGUCCGCCAGGCCCCUCGGGCUCCGCCCCUGCCCGUCAGGCCCCUCGGGCUCCGCCCCCUGUCUCCCAGGCCCCUCGAGCUCCGCCCCCUGUCUCCCAGGCCCCUCGGGCUCCGCCCCCUGUCUCCCAGGCCCCUCGAGCUCCGCCCCCUGUCCCCCAGGCCCCUCGGGCUCCGCCCCUGCCCGCCAGGCCCCUCGAGCUCCACCCCCUUCCCCGCCAGGCCCCUCGGGCUCCGCCCACUGUCUCCCAGGCCCCUCAGGCUCCGCCCCGUGUCCGCAAGGCUCCUCGGGCUCCGCCCCCUGUCCGCCAGGCCCCUCGGGCUCCGCCCCUGCCCGCCCCUCGGGCUCCGCCCCCUGUCCGCCAGGCCCACCAGGCUCCGCCCCCUGUCCGCCAGGCCCACCGGGCUCCGCCCCCUGUCCGCCAGGCCCGUCGGGCUCCGCCCCCUGUCCGCCAGGCCCCUCGGGCUCCGCCCACUGUCUCCCAGGCCCCUCAGGCUCCGCCCCCUGUCCGCAAGGCCCCUCGGGCUCCGCCCCUUCCCGCCCCUCGGGCUCCGCCCCCUGUCUUUUGCCUCCUAACUCACUCAUUUAAUACUCGGUUUGCCAAGUCUGGAUUUGAGUCUUUCUGCGCCCUGGGAGCCGUCACCCAGGUGUGGGCGGCUGGGCCCGCUCUGGCUGAAGUUGAAUUUGGUCUUUCUGACGCCUACCAGUGA